CCGCGUCAAAGACCCUCAUCACCAUCAACCACCCAGCGCCAGUCUGAGAUGGAGACGUCACGAUUUGUUCUCAUCACUCUCAUGUGUGUGGUGUUCUCCAGUCAGAAGAGGAUUUCUGGGGCAGACGUGGAGAUGAGAGUCAGACGAGGAGACAAUGCCACUCUCUACGGUGACUGUAUCUGGGAGAAAGGAUUUAAUCCAGUGUGGUUCAGAAACUGCUCCCAUGAGAAUCAACCUCCUCGGAUUAUAACAUGGAAUGGCUGGAGUAAAGAAGUUACUUCACGUUACUCUUCUGUGUGGAAUCCCUCUAAACAAAUUCAUGACCUGCUGAUAAAGAACAUCACUGAAUCAGUCUUGGGUCUGUACUACUGUGCUUUACACAAGAUAUACAUCACUAAAGAUAAAACUGGAGUUAUAAACUCUAAGGAUGUUUACCUUUAUGGAAAGAGAACUAUCCUACUUUCCCUUCAUGACCCUGGUGCUGAGCUCACCUCCACCUCCACCCCUCCUGUAUCAGACUGUGGUGUCUACAGGAAGCUGCUGUUCACUGUGUGUCCUGUGUGUGUUCUCCUCUCCUCUCUCAUCUCCUCCACCUGUGUCUACUGCUUCUGUCGCAAGAGAAAUUCAGAAGCAGAAGUUGAACAGAGGUUUAAAAACAAAUCACAGAUCCAGAAAUACUCCAACACUGAUGAGCAGGCUGGAGGAGGUGAGGUUUGUUACGCCUCCCUGGACAACCUGAAUGUUGGAAAGAAACGCCCCAAGAAGACGAGAAUUCAGAACUCUGAUUUCAGUACUUAUUCUGAGGUCAGAACUGGUUGAGUGUAAAACUACUGAGGAAGAUUUUUCCAGAAAGCAGAGUAAGAUGACAAAUCAGGUUUAUGAUCACAUCACCCUUACACAUGAGGAAGAUGAGUGAAAAGUUGAAGUGCUUACUCCCGUGCAGCUGGGCUUUACUAUGAUACAUAUGAUUGUAUUUUGAUUAAAAAAAAAAAAAAAAGAUUUUCAGCUUUUCCUGACAUUUCAAUUCACUGUUUAAAGUUAAAAAGCAUUUUGUAAAAACCUGAACCUUCUACUACUUUAACAAUGUAGAUUAAUAUAUGAUCUAAAAUCUAAAUUUAAACUUUGUUUACGUGUCUUUCUCUAACAUAAGUUUACCAACCAGACCUGAUAUAUGUCAAAUGUUGAUAUGCUGUAUGUUCUAAAUAGCAUAUUUCAUAUGUAAAAUGAGGUGAAUUUUACCUCUAUAUAAUA